CUAGAUGACCUACAAGGUCCCUUCCAGCUCUGGUAUUCUAUAGUCCAUGGAACAGAAGUUGCCUUCGGAAGUUGUGGGAGCUUCAUCCCUGGAGGCUUUCAAGAAGAGACUGGACUGCCAUCUGUCAGAAAUGCUCACGACACCGGCCUCGUCACGCUCCAAGUAGCUUUCAACAACCAGAUUAUUUCCAAUUCGGUGGUUUUCGAAUAUAAGGCCCGGGCGUUACCAACCCUUCCUUCUUCUCAACACGACUGGCUGUCGCUGGAUGAUAACCAGUUCAGGAUGUCGAUUCUCGAACGACUGGAACAGAUGGAGAGAAGGAUGGCGGAGAUAACUACCAUGCAGCAGCACAAGCCGAGCGGGGGCAACAGCAGCACCAACGGAGGUAGCCAAGCACAGUGCAUCUCGGAGGCCGCCACCUUGGGAACCUGCUUCGAGAGCCGUGUUGUGGUGGUGUGCGAGAAGAUGAUGAGCCGAGCUUGCUGGGCCAAAUCCAAACACCUGAUCCACUGCAAGACGUUCCGGGGAAUGACCCUUUUGCACCUCGCGGCCGCUCAGGGCUACGCUACGCUCAUCCAGACGCUGCUCAAAUGGCGCACCAAACAUGCCGACAGCAUCGAUCUGGAGCUGGAAGUCGACCCGCUGAAUGUUGACCACUUCUCCUGCACGCCACUGAUGUGGGCCUGCGCUCUGGGCCACACGGACGCCGCCGUGGUCCUUUACAAGUGGGACCGGCGGGCCAUCUCUAUCCCCGACUCGCUCGGCAGGCUACCGCUGACCAUCGCCCGCUCCCGCGGCCACGUGAAGCUGGCCGAGUGCCUUGAGCAGCUGCAGCGGGAAGAGCAGGCGCAGCUCCGGCCGUCCCCCCGCGUCCCCUGCCCUUCGCAGGAAGAGCCCAGCGGCGACAACUGGACGUCCCAGUGGCCUGGCAAACUCAUCGCCUCUCAGGACCAGCAAAAGGAAAUCACAGGGAUUUCCAAUGUGAACACAGAAUUGCGGCGGCCUCGGUCCGAACCCUCCAGUUACUACAGCAGCGAGAGCCAGAAGGAUUACCCGGCGCCCAAAAAACACAAACUGAACCCUGAGUAUUUCUCCACGAGGCAGGAGAAGCUCCUGUCCACUGCCUUGAGCUUGGAGCAACCCAGCAGCCGGAAGCCGAUCUCCGGCACCAAGCCCUCUCUUCUCGGGACAAUCAACCCCAGGCACGGAGGCACAGAUUACACCCGGGAUCUGGUCCCCGAUCUAGCUGGCUACCGCAGCUCCAAAUGGAGGCCGAAGGAGACCUACCUGGGCGUAUCAGCCGUGCAGGUGACCGGUAGCCCUAAAGGGCUGGCGUCGUUGGGGAAAGAACCCGGAGCCCAACGGUUACAUCCGCGGGAACAGAUGAACGUGGUGAUGAUGGCCGACAGGGAGGUAUCCAAAGCGGAACUCCUUUCCUUCCGGGAUAGCGCCGAAGGUGAAAACUGUUUGCAUCACAUGGAUGAUUUGCAGGUCACCAUGAUGACUCUGGCCGAACACAUCAUCGAAGCAACUCCAGAGAGGAUCAAGCAGGAGAACUUUGUGCCGGCCGAAGAGGCGUCCCAGGCGGAGAGGACGGAGAGUGCCGCCAUUAGCACCUCCAUGAGCUGGCUGGCCAGUUACCUGGCCGACGUGGACCGCUUGCCCAGCGCUGCUCAGAUAAGAAGUCUCUACGGCGGGUGCCUGACCCCCUCGCCCCACACCAGCCGCAGCCCCUCCGGCUCGCCAGUCAAUGCGAUGGCUUUUGAGAAGCCCAGCCUCCCUUCGGCGACAGACUGGUCCGAGUUCCUAAGCGCCUCCGCCGGUGAGAAGGUGGAAAACGAGUUUGCACAGCUGACUCUCUCCGACCACGAGCAACGGGAGCUCUACGAAGCCGCCAAGCUGGUCCAGACCGUCUUCAGGAAAUACAAGGGACGUCCCCUCCGGGAGCAACAGGAAGUGGCCGCGGCCGUCAUUCAGCGUUGUUACCGGAAAUACAAGCAGUAUGCACUUUAUAAAAAGAUGAUCCAAGCUGCCAUCUUGAUCCAGAGCAAAUUCCGAAGUUACUACGAGCAGAAGAGAUUCCAGCAGAGCCGAAGAGCCGCCGUUCUCAUCCAGCAAUUUUAUCGCAGCUACAAAGAAUUCGGCAAGAGGAGGCAAAACCGUCGAACUGCUGCCCUCGUGCAGCAGAAGCUCAGAAGUAGCCUGCUGACCAAGAAACAGGACCAAGCUGCCCGCAAAAUCAUGAGGUUCUUACAGCGCUGUCGCCACAGAGCGAAAGACUCGAAAAAGGGACUUGAAGAACGGGACCCUGGCGACGACAACAUCCCAUAAGAGCCCGGGAGGGGUGGGCCGUCGUCUUUUCGGACUGUUUCCAUUUAUUUUAUUUUAUUUUUUCUGUUUUCAGCAGAAACAUGCAACGACAAUUUCAAACAAAAAAAAAAGAAAAAUGAUUUUGAUUAUUUAAAAAAAAAACAAAAAAACAAACAAGAAAAAAAAAGACUUGACUACCACUGCCGAGAAUCUUAUCGGCGGCGGGAUUUUAAACGGUAAUGUUUAGUCAUUACAUUUGCACUUUCACGGACAAUUUUUAAUUUGUUCAGCAAGGCAUCUUUGGAACUCAACUCUUUGGUUGCA